CGUUUGCCACUCCAUGUCAAGAACAAUAGAUGGACUGUUUGUGUGCUUUGAGGCUUCCGAGGAGACGAGUUCAAAUAGGCCCGCAAAAUAAUCUAUUGGCAGAGAAAUCAUUAAGGACGUAACCUCGGGGGCUUGUGCUGCUUUGAACUGGGCAUCUACUGCAAACGACAAGGCGGUAAUCAUGUCUAUCUCGGAGGACGACCUCACGUGCCCGAUAUGCUGUGACAUCUUUACGGACCCUGUUUUGCUGUCAUGCAGCCACAGCUUCUGCAGGAGCUGUCUGAAGCGCUGUUGGGAAACAGGGUUACGUGAGUGCGCAGUGUGCAGGAAAAAACCCUCCAAGGCCAGUCCUCCCACCAAUUUGGCUCUCAGAAAUGUCUGUCAGGCCAUUCUGGAGGCCAGGAGGAGCUCGGCGCUGGUAGACGAGAAGAUGAACUGCCAUCUGCAUGGGGAGAAGUUGAAACUCUUCUGCCUGGAGGACAAACAGCCAAUCUGUGUGGUUUGCCAGUCCUCUAAACUGCACAAGAGUCACGAGUGCUCGCCGAUAGACGAGGCUGUGCUGGACUGCAAGAGUGAGCUUGCUUUAUCGCUCAAGAACUUGCAAGAUAAAGAGAACAACCUCAGAAGGAUUCACAUGACCUCUACAGACAUGCCCGAGUACAUCAAGAGUCAAGCACUGGAAACACAGAGACUGAUCAAGGGCCACUUUGAGCAGCUCCAUCAAGUCCUCUACCAAGAGGAGUCGGCUAGAAUAGCGGCUGUGAAGAAAGAGGAGGAAGAGAAGAUUGCAGAAAUGAAGGAUAAGAUCAAAGAACUUUCAGCAGAGGAGCAGUCACUCACAGAAACCAUCUCAGUCAUACAGGAGCAGCUGGAAGAAGAUGAGAUUAUCUUAUUGAAGAAUUUCAAAGCCAUUCAGGACAGAGAAAAAAGCAUUGCCCUUGGUUCAGAAAACAUGUCUGGGUUACUGAUUGAUGUGGCCAAACAUCUCUGCAACCUCCAGUAUAAAAUCUGGGAGAAAAUGCUGGACCAUAUUGAUUAUACUCCUGUGACUUUGGACCCAAAUACAGCACACCCUUGCCUCAUCCUGUCUGACGACCUCACCUCCCUCCACUAUUCAAAUCAGCAAAGCUGUUGCCCCGACAACACGGAGCGCUUCCACAUCAGCGCCGAAGCGGUAGGAACGACACCACUGGGCUCAGGAAGCCACCACUGGGUGGUGGAGACGGGAAGUAAUCAGGACUGGAUCCUGGGCGCGGCCUCUUCCUCUGUGCCGAGGAACUCUGAGAUCUCCGCUCGCCCUGAGAACGGCUUCUGGACCCUGUGCUUCCGAGACGGGGAGUUCAGGGCAAUGAGCUCCCCCCCCGCCACGCUGUCGGUCACAAGAGCACCCGAACAAAUCAAAGUGCAUCUGGAUUACGACAAAGGGACGGUGUCCUUCUUUGACCCCGCUGAUGACGUACUCAUUUAUGCGUUCACACACACGUUUACGGAAACUUUACUUCCCUAUUUUUAUACACAGAGCAGCCAUCCGUUAAGAAUAAUGCCAGAGAAGUUACUUGUCACAGUGUUGCGUCAAUGAGGGGAACAGAAUAUUUGUAAAAAAAAUAAUAUUUUAUUUAAAAAGAAUUUUUUGUCUUAUUUAAAUGAAUACCUGAACAUUUUAUAUUGGGAUUGGUGCAUUUACUGGCUGUAAUAUUCAAUUAUAUUAUAGAAGACAUGGAAGAUAUCAAUCAUCCAAGUCAUUUUGCUCUUGUGUACAGACAAGUUUCAUUUUAGGCUGUAUUGAAUUGAUUUGAUUUCAAAACAUGUGAGCACAUUUCCCAAAAUGUAGAACCCUUCCUUUAAUGUCAAAAGCGCUGAUAAUACCAGCUAAAUAUACAUUGCUCAUUGGUGGAAGAGAAGAGAGCACAUUUGGGUCUUAGGGUUGUUCAUAACUGGGUUAGGUGUCCUGAUUACUAAAGAUUUGUUUUCAGCCAGUUGAACUGCAAGACAAUUAAUGUUGAAGAAAACAGUAGCUAAUUGGUAUGUAUUAAAAUAUGCUUUUGAAUUUAAAUGAAUUUGGCCCCUUAAAUCGACGGGGUAUGGUGAUAGUGCUCGUUAAAAUAAUAUGGUGUGUGAAAACCUCUUAAAAACAGGCUUCUAUUCAAGGCCUAAGGACCUACAUAAAGAUUAGAAUGUAUUAGGUAAAUUAAUCUCAAAUGUUGCUGACAUAACAGAAUAUCGGUUUCUGGGAGGGGUGAAGACGAUUUAAGAUUUAAGAGUAAUUUCGACAUUUAGUGUUUAAACUAGGAUGAAUCAUUCCAAGCUACACACAGCCUCAUUUUAUUGCAAAUAUUGAUCAAGCCAUAGUCUGUUUUUUUUUUGUUUUUUUGUAACUGCCAUAGUUGGGCCACCCUACAAUUAUACUGUACAGCUCAGUGCUUUUCUGUCUUAGGUACACACGAUGGCGCCAAAGUCUAACAAAAAUGUUGAAGGUUUUUAUCAGCCCACUUUGAAAACAUCAUCAAAUACCGUUUGUACAAAUUCAUUUCCCUGAACAUCAUUUGUUCAUGAAGAUGGUGAAUUAGAUUUAGAUUAGAUUUUACACUCGUUGCUUCUUUGAUGUUUUUAUAUUUAUUAUUAAUAAAGA